ACCUUUUUUCUUCAUCGCCACUCAAUCUCUGCAACAUUCUUUGUAACGUGUAAAUUGCCAACUUUUUUCUUUUUAAUAAUUUGUUAAGUAACCAAGUUCGCUGCCGGCCAUGACGAUUCCUUAACCCAAUACCUCUUCUAUUUUUGUUACAUCAUCAAUCUUUGCCCAAAAGUUCCCAACUUUUUUCUUUCUCUGUUUUUUCUUCUGGAGGAGGAAAGAGCGAGAAGAUUCAGCGAUUGUGUGAGGAGAGAUAGAGAGAGUGAGAAGGCGCCGCAAGCUCGAACUUUGGCGGUUCGGCGGCUCCGCGUCGUCGGUGGGUCGAGUCGUCCUGGAGCUUUCUCGUUGUUUCUCGACGGCGGUGGAGGAAGCAAACGACCGACGAGCCAUGGACAUUGGUGGUCCAACCAAUGUCCGACACGUGGCUCACGUGACCUUUGAUCGCUUCAAUGGCUUCCUUGGCCUCCCUUCCGAGUUCGAGCCCGAUGUCCCCAGAAAAGCUCCCAGUGCAAGUGCAACAGUGUUUGGGGUAUCGACGGAGUCCAUGCAGUUAUCUUACGAUUCGAGAGGCAAUUGUGUUCCUGUGAUACUUUUGCUAUUGCAGAGCAGGCUUUAUGAUCAAGGAGGCUUGGAGGUAGAAGGAAUAUUCAGAAUAACAGGAGAGAACAGCGAGGAAGAGUCUGUAAGGGAGCAGCUAAACAAAGGCAUGAUACCUGAUGGGAUCGAUGUCCACUGUCUAGCCGGACUUAUAAAGGCUUGGUUCAGAGAGCUACCGAGAGGUGUACUGGAUCCUCUGCCAUCGGAGCAAGUGAUGCAAUGUGAGUCAGACGAGGAUUUUGUUAAGGUUGUGAGGCUCUUACCUCAAACAGAAGCUUCUCUUCUCAACUGGGCCAUCAAUCUCAUGGCUGAUGUUGUUCAGUUUGAACAUGUUAACAAGAUGAACUCUCGUAACCUUGCCUUAGUCUUUGCCCCCAACAUGUCUCAGAUGGCAGACCCUCUAACUGCAUUGAUGUAUGCGGUCCAAGUGAUGAAGUUGCUGAAGAGCCUCACAGAGAAAACUCUGAGAGAAAGGGAAGCCACGUCUUCCCAGGCUGAUACAAGAUGCAGCCAUGAAGCAGAAUAUGACGACAAUGAAGAAGAAGAGGAGGAAGAUGAAGAAGAUGGUUCAGAGAGAAUAAGAGUUGUUGCUGUUGAACACAAGUCAGGAAGCGUGAAGAGUGAGAUUGAGGGAUCUAGUGCUUCGGAUUCAAAAGGAGAUGAUGGAGUUGUGCAGCCACCCAUUUGCAAACCGAGCCACAUAGGAAGCAAGUGAAAUUGAUGGGGGAUAUUUUAUUCUUAGUAUAUUGUGUGUUUGGAUUGUUUUAUUUUAUUGCAUAUUUAACUUCUAAGUAAUGUAGUUUGUUGUUGAAGGGGUGAUAUGAUCCGAGACUAACUCUAUGGGAUAAAAAGAAAAAUGUACC